ACCCGUCACGCAACUAAUAAACAUUCAGUUCUAACUUUAACUCCUAUAUGACGUGUCACGCGAACAAAACAUUAUAAUUGAAACCAACCCAGAAGAGAAGAGAAUAGAUUCACAAACAAACAAGGAAGAAAACAAUGAAGGCUACGAAAAGCCCGAUCCACGCCGUGACCAAAUGGCUUCGCCGGCAACCGCCGAAGAUGAAGUUGUUUCUGGCGAUUCUUUCGGGCAUUGCAGCUUUGGUUUUUCUUAGAAUGAUCGUUCACGACCACGACAAUCUCUUCGUAGCUGCUGAGUUUGUGCAUGCAUUAGGAGUUGCCCUCCUCAUUUACAAGCUUGCUCAAGAAAAAACAUGUGCCGGACUCUCGCUUAAAUCACAGGAACUCACAGCUAUAUUUCUAGCAGUUAGACUAUACUGCAGUUUUGUCAUGGAAUACGAUAUACACACCUUACUCGAUACUGCAACAUUGGGGACGACCCUCUGGGUUAUUUAUAUGAUACGCUUCAAACUGAAAUCCAGUUAUAUGGAUGCUAAGGACAACCUUGCAAUAUACUAUGUGGUGAUACCUUGUGCUGUACUGUCUUUGCUUAUUCACCCAACAACCCGGCAUCAUUAUGCUAACAGGAUUCUCUGGGCUUUUUGUGUUUAUCUUGAAGCUGUGUCGGUUCUACCUCAGUUGCGGGUCAUGCAGAACACUAAGAUUGUUGAACCAUUCACAGCACACUAUGUUUUUGCCCUUGGAGUUGCAAGGUUCUUGAGUUGUGCACAUUGGGUUCUGCAGGUAUUAGAUACUCGUGGACGUCUAUUAACUGCUUUGGGUUAUGGAUUGUGGCCUUCUAUGGUACUUCUAUCAGAAAUUGUCCAAACUUCAAUCCUGGCAGAUUUCUGCUACUACUACAUCAAGAGCCUUGUUGGGGGACAACUUGUUCUUAGGCUUCCUUCGGGAGUGGUGUGAUUUUAACUUUCAUUUUCAGUUCCUUCAAGUUGGAUUCUCUUUUGCAUUAUAGUGCAGAAAUCGGGACACCUUUAGAAGUUAGAUGUGUUAUCUAUCAGGGUCAUCAAUGUUGACAGAGGUCAGAAUGUAAUAUAUGUAACUCGGACAUUUAAUGUUAUGUUCUCAUAUUUCUUUUCUCUGAAAUCACGGUUAGCCCUCGAUUUUGAUUUGAACGGCCUAAAUUAUAUCUAUUAUUAA